AUGGAAAAGGAAUGCUCGGGAGCAGGUGUAGACUUCUUAGCCCUUAUCUCAGAGGGGGUAUCACGAGCCAUCAGAGGACAGAAGAUUUACAAGAGCUCAAUGAACGAGCAAGAGCAAAAGCCCUCCACUCAAAGUGACAACAAGAGGACAUGGGCCUCCAAAGCGGCUGCAGGGAAUCAGAGCAAAGAAAACAAAAGGAUCAUAAUUUGGCUAGAUCGAGAACACGAAGCUCGAAAAGCAGACCCGUUUUUACUCCGCCAACGAGUCCAAAGGCUGAUCCCCGACCCAUCACUUGUUGUUGACGCAUGGUAG